CUAUGUUGUUUGUUUUAAAUUUUUUGAGAAGAAGUAUUUAUAAAAGAGGAAAAUCAAUACUCUUUUGCAAUUUCUUCAUUUUUUAAAAAAAAAUUUACAGAAGUUUCGAAGUAACAAACACCCAUUAUUAGGCGACCCCAAAACGCGACGUAGCUUUGUCUUGCUUGUCUGUCCUUGAGCUCAUAUUUGCUUGUCGAUUGCGAAGUUCCCAGCUGUCUUAGCCAAAUUAGUCUUCGCCGGCGAACUGUGAAACCUCCACCUUACAAUGUCCUGGUUUGCUCGAUCUAUUGCCAGCACUCUCAGACUUGAAGACAACGACGAUGACAGAGACGACGCCGUGUCAAGCAAUCACGAUCACUCUACUGGCAAACCUACUACGGAGAAGCAACAGAAAGAUGAUGAUGAUUCAUUGCCAGUAUCACCGUCACGCGGCGUUAAGGAUGACUUCUCAGAGCUCACCAAAACCCUAACCCGUCAGUUUUGGGGAGUGGCCUCUUUCCUGGCCCCACCGUCCCAAUCCGAGCCCGACAAAUCUUUACUGGAUCCGAAUUCAGAACCAGCUCGAGAUUCGGAUGACGAGGAGUCCGAUUCAGCGGGGAUCGCGGGUUUGCGGAGUGAUAUUGCUGAAAUUGGGGGGAGAUUCAAGAGUGGGAUAUCUAAGCUUUCGAAGAAUAUUCCCGUGUCGGAAAUCACCAAAAUGGCGUCCAACUUACUGCAACUGGGACCGGAGGAGGAAGAAGAUAAGAGGUUUGAUUCAGGUAGAGGUGCAGUUGGUGUUACUGAAGAAGUAGUGGCUUUUGUGAGGGACAUUGCUAUGCAUCCUGAGACAUGGUUGGAUUUCCCUUUGUUCGAGGAUGAAGAUGACGAAGUAGAUUUUGACUUGUCUGAUGCACAACAAGAGCAUGCAUUAGCUGUUGAGCGUCUUGCUCCAAGACUGGCUGCUUUGAGGAUUGAGCUCUGCCCAGGCUACAUGAGUGAGGCUCGCUUUUGGGAGAUUUACUUUGUUCUUCUGCACCCUAGACUGAAUAAACAAGAUGCUGAACUUCUAUCCACACCCCAGGUAUUCAAUGCCAGGGCCUCAUUAUCGCAAGAGUUACAUAAACGAACCAAGCCAAUAGAAGGAGAUUGGUCAAAGGAGGAGACUUUUAAAUCAACUGACAGGGGUGGUUCUCAACAUGAGGAGAUGCUUGCUGUCCCUUCUGCUCCGCUCUCCGCGGAUGCGGUUCAAGACAUGUCUAGUGUGGAUGUUUCCUCUUUAUCUGUAGUGGUCGGCUCUGGUACCGAUGUGCACCCUGUCAUUAGUGAAAAUCAAACAGUUGAUAGACUUGUGGCUGAAGAAGGACCUAUUACUCUAAGCAAAGAUGAAAAAUUGCAAUCUGCAUCAGCGACUAAGUUAGAGGAGAGUGACGAAGAGGAUGCUGACGAUUGGUUGAAGGAAGAAAACACGGAAAUUACAGGUACCAGUAAAACCACCAUGUCUUUUGAGGAUGAUGAGGACGUGUCUUUCAGUGAUCUUGAAGAGGAUGAUUCAGAUAUGCCUGCAAAAUCAAAAAACGCAGCUUACAGCUCUGAUAAGGACUCACAAGAUUGGGUCCAGUUGAGGAAAAGCUCCACCGACUUGUCUAGAGAUACCAGCUCCAUCAAUCAGAUUAGUUCUGUUAAGGAAAAUUUGCAGAAUCCUGAUAGCAAAGAAUCAAAUGAUUGGCUGGAUAUUGAUGACCUUGAGGUGGCGUGAACUUACGUAAGAUUUAAAUAUAGUUGUUGUUCCGCUCAUUUCUUGUGAAUAGUUAUUCCCCAUCCUCCAGUCCGUACUCUCCGCUGAGAACUCCUAAACUGUAUUGUUUGUACAUAGAACGCAUAAUGAAAAACAAUCAGAUUGUAAUAUAGUGUUCAUGAUAUUAAUUGAUGGUAGCUUCCUGCUUGUGUCACUA